GGCCGAGUCACGUGUCAGCCAAAGAUGGCUGCGCUCAGGCGAGUAGAGCUGUAGUGACCUCCGGCGUGGCUGCGGAAGACCUGAGGAGGCACCCACAGGCUAGUGGGAGGAGAGCAUAAGAAUAUUCAACAAAGGCUAUGUUACCUGCAAAACCUACCAUAUUUACAUCUGGCCCUUGAAAGUUUGCUGACUCCUGAUCUCAGGCUCAAAAUGGAAAAUUAUGAAUCCAAUAACCAGGAAAACAUUUUUGAAAUCGUAAACAGAAAAAUUAACCAGCUUCCAGAAGCAGAAAGGAAUCUACUUGAAAAUGGAUCAGUUUAUGUUGGAUUAAAUGCUGCUCUCUGUGGCCUCAUAGGAAACAGUCUUUUUCGACGCAUCUUGAAUGUGACAAAGGCUCGUAUAGUUUCUACCUUACCAAUGGCAGUGAUCCCUUUCUUUACAACACAAGCAACUUACAGAGGUUUUGUAGAUAUUCCUUUGAUAACAGAACUAAUUUAUUUCCUAGGUGAUAUGAAUUGCGAAACCUGUACCGCAACACGUAGUGGACUGGUUGGUCUUCUUGCUGGUGGUCUAUACCCUGUUUUCUUAGCUUUACCUAUAAAUGGUAGCCUAGCAGCCAGGUAUGAAACAGCUCUGUUACCAAACAAAGGGAACAUCUUAAGUUACUGGCUUAGAGUUUCUAAGCCUGUCUUUAGAAAGAUGUUAUUUCCUAUUCUGCUGCAGACUGUGUUUUCAGCAUACCUUGGGUCUAAACAAUAUCAACUAUUUAUAAAGGCCCUUCACUUACCUGAACCUGGCCAAGAAAAUCACUGAUUUUAAACAAAUAUGUACACAAAAAUAAAAUAGUAAAAACAGUUUA